AUGUAUGUGGCGCCCUCUCGCUCCAUCCGAUUAACCCUACCUAAAAGCAUGUUCAAUUAUCGUAGAAUAUCCUUUGUACAACGCUCGAUUUCGUCGGGAUUCAAUGCUCGUCGUUUUCGAUCUGCUCGUCGAACAGCCGUUCAAUCAUCAGUCUCUGACGGCAAACACAUCAUUACAGAAACUAAACCCGUUUCUUUAGAUCAUCUGUCACCUGUAGUUCGACAAAUUCUAUCUAAAGAUCCAUCCUAUGCUGUUCGUUUCGGCGGACAAUUAUCAGACAAUCAAAAGUAUCUUGUCCGACAACAUUCUCGAACGACGGGUCGAGCUGAAAGUCUCUUUUCACAAAUAGAAAAAGAUGAUCUGAUGUUAUCGAUAAAUGAAGAUGAAAAAGAUUUACCUCAUCCUCCAGUUGUUGCUUUUCCAUCAGUUGAGAAUCAAUUCGAAAUGGAUUUAGGUACAGAAGACAAAACUGUACCCAGUCAUGAAACAGCUCGUUGUUUUGGUUGUGGGGCACAGCUUCAAUGUUCUGAUCGAACGAAAGCAGGCUUCAUGCCAGUAGAAAUCUUCAAGCAUCACCUUUCAAGUAACUUACAAAAGCGAACAAGUCAAUGCCAGCGAUGUUUUCUCUAUAAAUAUACAAAUGAAAUUUCACAUUGUGAAGUUGAUGAACAAGUCUAUAGAGAUAUUCUGACAGAAAUCAAACGAAAACGUGCGUUGAUUAUCUUAAUUGUCGAUCUUCUUGAUAUACCAAAUUCAAUUAGCCAAUCAUGGGCACAUCUUGUCGACCAAACAUCUGAGCGGACAAAGUCUUCAUCGAAUAUUGUAUUUGUUCUCGGCAAUAAAGUUGAUCUUUUGCCAAAAGACAGCGAAUCAUAUCUAUCCGAUGUACGAAAAUGUUUGGAAACUGAGUGUACAAAACGUGGUUUGGGAAAGCACUUAGUCAAAUAUUAUGGUUUAAUCAGCGCCCGAACGGGCUAUGGAGUUGAAGAACUGAUUUCAAAAGUUUUUCGUUAUUGGUCACAACAUGGUGGUGUUUAUCUACUUGGUGGAACUAAUACGGGCAAGAGCAGUUUAUUCAAUAGUUUAAUUGAUUCAGAUCUGUGUCAUAUUCAUGCACUUGAUUGCGUUCAACGUGCCACCAUAUCGAAUCUUCCUGGAACGACAAUGAAUGUACUUCGAUUUCCAAUUCAAUUACGAACGGGGAAAAAUCAGUUCAUGCGUGCAGAACGUUUGAAAGAACGCGAAGAAAACGAAAGAAUGUUAGAUGAUACUAAAACGGAGUCCAUUGAAAAUGAAACAACAGUUGUCGGAAAUAUCGAAUCAACGGUGAAAUGGCGUCGUCGAUUUGAGUCUGAAAUGAAUCUGCCAAAAAGUGGAGCAUCGUAUACGUAUUCGUCUGGAAGAGAUUCGUUUGAUGAAGAUCGUUCAUUUCUCUCACGUGAACAUAAUUAUAUCAAUUAUCGACAAAAGAAAAUGCGUGCGUUCACUCCUGAGUCAUACAAAAAUGAAAAAUGGCUUUAUGAUACACCCGGUGUAAUUCUAUCUGAACAGAUCUCAAAUAAAUGUAGUAGUCGAGAAGAAUUAGCAUUUUUCGAUCAUCAAUCAACAGUUAUUCGUCCAGUGAAUAUUUUAUUAAACGUUGGUCAAACAAUAUUAAUUGGGGGAAUCGCAAGAAUUGACGUUAAACAUAUAAGCGAAAACGCUCGAGCAAGUCUUUCUCUAAUGACAACAUCUCGGCUACCAAUAAAUGUGAUUGAAACAAAAGAUGCGGAGCACUUUUAUGAAAAAGCAUUGGAAAACAAUCAACUUGGUGUUCCUCAAAAUCGUAUCAAUGGUCGACUUCAAGAUCCACCUCAACUUCGUGGACCAACCAUUGAAAUUCUUGGAAUUGGAGAAGAAGAAGCAGCUGGAGAUAUCGUCCUAUCAUCCGCAGGUAAAUAUUCUUUCAUCAAUAUUGCAACGAGACCUUCCGAGACAAUGCAAUAUUUAGGAUGGGCGAGUGUUCAAUGUAGUCGUGGUCAAUAUGUCAUAUUUGAUGUAAUGACACCAGAUGGUCUUGGUAUACAUCUUCGACAACCAGCGAUACUUAGGAAUUUAUUUCAUUUACGUGGUUCACACAUAGAACAAACACCAUUCUUCAGUAAACAUUCUUACGUAGAAGAUCAAAACGAAUGUGAUGCUGAUGAUGACGAUCGAAAGCAAUCGAAUGAACUUGAAAUGAUCAUAAAUGAAAAACUAUGGAAAGGGGAACAAACUAAGCAUCGACGACGAGCAAAACGCACAUAA